AUGAAGCUGGUUCUGGCGCUGGCGACGCUCCUGAGCGUAGCAUCCUUCUCGACGGCCGCGAUUGCGACCAAGGCGCCCGUGCCGACGCGCAACCGCUUCAACGGCGUCUGCUCGAGCGACGAAGAGUGCGCUCCAUUCCCGGGCACCGUCUGCGUCUUUAUUCUCUCGGGCGACUACACCCAGGGCAAGUGCACGCCCAACUACGGCAAGCGCCCGGUCUGCCGAGGCGGCCAAGCCGGCCUCUGCCCGUCGUACCAGGACCCGUCGUCCGGGUACCUCAACACGCAGUGCGUGCUCAUUGACAAGGCGAUGCAGCCAGCGACCGACACGGAUGCGAUCGUGCCCGUGAACAAGCCAACGACGGCGGCGGCGGAUCCGGAUGCGACGCCAGCUGACUCUGGCGCCAAGCCUUCGGUGACGCCCGCCAAGACGGCUGCGAGCCGCUUCCUCGCUGCGGACCCCACGACUGCUGUGGCCAGCGACCCGACGACGACCCCGAAGAAGACGACGGCGGCGCCCGCUGCUGACGGUACGGAUGUCCCGGCUGAUGAACCGACGACGGGCCCGACGACCCCGAAGAAGACGACGGCGGCGCCACUUGACGACAGCACUGUCGCCCCUGAUGAAGGCUCGACGACGGCCGAUGGCACUGUCUCCCGCAUCCCUGUGAAGGACCAGCCGUGCCCUUCGGAUCCGACGCUCGUGCUCGCGGACCCCAAGUGCUGGUUCACGACGGCGUUCAAGAACACGACGCUCACUGUCCAGUACAAGUGCGUCGACUACGACAUGUGUCUCUCGCAGUCGGCGUACGCGCAGGAGCCCCAGACGAUCAAGGAGGAGUACUGCCGCCCGAAGGGCUGCGCCAAUUCGGCCAUCGACGUCAUGCUGCCGCGCGUCUACGCGUGCCGCUGCUACGCCGGGUACACGGGCACCAAGUGCGAGAAGUCGGACCCGACUGGCGAGUGCGACGUCGACUGCGGCCAAGGUGGCGCCUGCAUCGACAACAAGUGCUCGUGCUUUGAUGGCUUCAUUGGCAAGAACAUCCGCUGCGACAAAUGCACGUCCAACAAGGCGUGCGAGAACAACAACACGUGCAACAUUGACACAGGCAAGUGCGACUGCAAGAACGGCUUCAACGGCGAAACCUGCGGCGGCAAGCUCGACAUCUGCGCCGGCGUCACGUGCUCGGGCGGUGGCUUCCCGGACGGCCGCUCGGGCAAGACGUGCACGUGCCUUUGCCCCAAGUGCGCUGCUGGCACGACCUGCAUGCAAUGCGGCGGUGCCAACGGCCGCGACUGCUCGACCUGCCCGGCGUCGGCGCGCCCCAGCUCUGGCACCCCGACCCUCUCGGUUGCGAUCAUGACGCUCAUCAUGGCGAUCCUCGCGGUGCUCUUUUAAGCCGGUGGACUAAGGCCUUUCCGGACGUACUACAGACUACUACAGCUUUUCACUAAUGCAACAGCUCAAUUUUAUCUAUAGCUUGGUCAU